UGCCCCAGUGAUAGGUUAACUGUUGUGUUUGCUGACUGACUAGUCACUCAGGUCUGCUCUUGCUGUCGUUAGUUUGAAGUUAAAACUCUCCUCAAUUUCACACAAAUUCGCUCCGCAGAAUCAACGAUGGCAAGUCAAGUCAAGAGCGAUGAAUCCGGAGCUGUGGAGAAGGACAGCGCUUCAGCAGGACUCACAGUCAGAGAGAACAUAACAGAGCCUGAUGCCUUUAAUCAAAGUGUAUAUAGUCUGGAUCCUAACGAGGCGUAUAAGAUGAAUCACAAGAAGCGAGGAAUGGCUCUGAUCUUUAACCAGGAACGUUUCUACUGGCAGCUCAUGUUGCCUAACCGUUCUGGCACAGAAGCAGACAGGCAGAACCUUGUUAGAAGAUUUCAAGAGCUGGAUUUUGAAGUGAAGGCUUAUAAUGAUUAUAAACGGGAUGAAGUUUUAGACAAAAUCAAAGAAGCUGCUGCUGCUAACCAUGUGGAUGCAGACUGUUUCGUUUGCGUCUUUUUAAGUCAUGGGGAAAACGGCCACAUCUAUGCUAAUGAUGGGAAGAUUGAAGUUCAAGAAAUCACUGAUUUGUUCAAGGGGGAUAUGUGCCAUAGCCUUGUAGGGAAACCCAAGAUUUUCAUCUUGCAGGCUUGUCGUGGUGACAAGCAUGAUGAUCCUGUGACACCAAUGGAUGUGGUGGACAGUCAAGCGGUCAAUAGUGUGGUGGUAGAUGCGGGGGUGCUCUACACCCUUCCAGCAGGAGCAGACUUCCUUAUGUGCUACUCAGUGGCUGAGGGAUAUUACUCUCACCGUGAGACUGUAAAUGGCUCGUGGUACAUCCAGGAUCUGUGUGAAAUCCUGAGGCGUUAUGGUUCCACACUGGAGUUCACUGAGAUCCUGACGCUUGUCAACAGGAAAGUUUCCUUGCGCAGUGUUGAAAACUGCAAAGAUCGCUUGGCUAUAGGCAAAAAACAGGUGCCUUGUUUCGCGUCCAUGCUCACUAAGAAGCUGUUUUUCAGGCCUAAGAAGGAGUAUUAGUGUUUGGGGCUACUGCAGGUACAAAAUCAGGGAUUACAUUAUUUUAAUUGGCUUUAUUUUGUGCUCCUAUAUACAUCAUUUUCAAAAUGGGAAUUUAAGCAGGUUUGCAUAUUUUAGCCUUGAUGUUUGACAGUUGGUCUUACAAAGUGGAAAUAACAGCUUUU